UGCAUUGCACCUCAACUGCCAAACGUGAUGGAUUUCAUUUUCUUUGUUUUUCACCUUAAUGUAAUGUUGUUUGUCACCUUAUAAAUAAAGGGUCACAAUUUGGUUUGUUAAACACUCAAACAUUGAAGCUAUUCGUGUUUAUUAGAGUGAAAUAAUAUUGCAGAAAAGAAUGUCUUCUUCUUCUUCUUCUUCUUCUUGCUGUACGCUACUGAUAGGUCUUUUAUGUGUGGUUUUGCUUGGAGGAUCUUUGUCUCAUGCCCAGCUGAGUCCAACAUUCUAUGAUUCAACGUGUCCAAACGCGUCCAACAUCGUACGUGGAAUCAUCGCAGAGGCUUUAAAGACAGAUGCUCGAAUUGGCGGUAGCCUCAUUAGGCUUCACUUCCAUGACUGCUUUGUCAAUGGAUGUGAUGGAUCACUUUUGUUGAACAACUCCGCUACCAUACAAAGUGAGAAAGAGGCUCCUCCAAAUAAUAACUCGGCGAGGGGCUUUGGUGUUGUUGAUAACAUAAAGACUGCGUUGGAAACUGCUUGUCCUGCCACUGUUUCUUGCGCUGAUAUUCUUGCUAUUGCAGCUGAAGAAUCAGUUUCAUUGGCAGGAGGUCCCUCGUGGAAUGUUUCACUGGGAAGAAGGGAUAGCACUACAGCAAACCGAACAGCUGCUGGUCUUUUCCUUCCUGGUCCCACAGAAGCCCUUAGUGUUCUGAAAGCCAAGUUCUUAGCCGUGGGCCUCAACAGCACCGAUCUUGUUGCCCUCUCUGGUGCUCACACGUUUGGACGUGCUCAAUGUAGUACUUUCAUCAACCGGUUAUACAAUUUUAGCGGCUCUGGUAAUCCUGAUUCAACCUUAAACACAACCUACUUAUCAACUCUACAGGGAAUAUGCCCCCAGAAUGGAAAUACUACUGUUGUAACCAAUCUCGACCUCACCACACCUGAUGUUUUUGACAAUAAGUACUUCUCUAAUCUUCAAUCUCUAGAGGGUCUACUUCAGAGCGAUCAAGAACUAUUUUCAACCACCGGGGAUGAAACCGUUGCCAUUGUUAACAACUUUACUGCUAAUCAGACUGCCUUCUUUGCCAGCUUUGUGGUAUCAAUGAUUAAAAUGGGAAACAUUAGCCCGUUAACGGGGACGGCUGGAGAGAUUAGAUUGAAUUGUGGAAAAGUUAACAACUCUACUGGAUCAGAUGGUCUUCUAUAUAGCUCAAUGUAAAUAAGUGUUAUGGCUAAGUCUAAGCAUAAAUAAAAUGUGUGCUAAGUUACAAUGGUAAUGAUGGUCAGUAUGAGUGAGGCUAUUUUGUUUUGAGUUGUGUUUAUUGUGUAACUUGAUGGAUGUUUUUUUAGUGUUGUCUUUGUUCCUUGGUGUUCUUUGAAUGAAUCUUUCAUCUGAGCAAAAAACUUAUGAUGGUUGGUAGGAUAAGAACAUGUUAUGAGGCUAUUUUGUUUUGAGUUGUGUUAAUUGUGUAACUUGAUGGAUGUUUUUUUA